AUGCCCUCGAAGGAGCAGUUGCAGCUGCUACACAAGUCCAAUGACACAGUGUCAACCGUGAUGUACUGGAUCAUUUGGGAUUUGGCGGAUGCAAUGAAGGACAUCGACGUCGCUCCCCCCAUCCAGUCGCGCAUGUACCAGGAACUCUCCAAUGGCAUGCUCGGCUUCAACAACUGCCUGAAGAUUGCGGACGUCCCUUUCCCUUUACCAUUCGCUCAACUUCUCGGUUUGUUGCUGAUGGCCUUUUCCUUGCUGAUCCCCAUCUACGUCAUCGUCUUUACGGGCUCCUAUGUGGUUGGUCCGAUACUUUGCUUCUUCCUCUUUGAGAGUCUCUGGUGUCUCAAUGAGGUCGCCAAAGAGCUGGAGAACCCCUUCGGCCAGGAUACGAACGACAUUUCCUUGACCGACUUCCACAUGCGUUUCGUGGACGCGUUGGACGAUGUGAGCUGGUCCGAGCAGCAGGCAAUGCUGCGGCAGAACUUCUUCGGCGCGGACGAAG